AAACAUCGGCAGUACUGAGGAGUCAGAGCCCGACACACACACUGAAGACACUAUGGGUUUUUCUCGCUUGUUAAGAUCCAUUGCCUUUCUUCUCAUUGUACUUCACCAAACCUCUGGAUUCUGGUUAUUAAACGUUAUCUUUCCACCGACAGCCAAACAACAACUUGUAACUAACAGCACUCCACCUCUUAUUAUAGUACCUGGAAACUUGGGUAAUCGCCUGGAGGCCAGAAUAGACAAGCCUACACUUGUGCACUGGAUGUGUUACAAGAAAUCUGAACACUGGUUCCCACUCUGGAUUGACUUAAACAUGUUUGUGCCCAUUGGAAUUGACUGCUGGAUUGAUAAUAUAAGAAUUGUUUACAACAGAACAACUCGCAAGGCAUCUAAUGCACCAGGUGUGGAGGUCAGGGUACCUGGAUUUGGACAGACCCAUCCUUUGGAGUUUCUUGACCUAAACAAGCUAACAGGGUACUUUCAUACCAUGGUUGAACAUUUGGUUAACAUUGGAUAUGUUCGAAAUGCGACAGUCCGUGGCGCUCCAUAUGAUUGGAGAAUCGCUCCAAAUCAACAGGAGGAGUAUUUUUCACGUUUAAAAGGUUUGGUGGAGGAGAUGUAUGACGAGUACAAACAACCAGUCUAUCUUCUGGGCCACAGCAUGGGCAACAAUUACAUCUUGUACUUCCUAAACCAGCAGACCCAGGACUGGAAGGACCACUACGUAAAGGCCUUCAUCUCUCUUGGAGCACCUUGGGGUGGCGCUGUUAAGCCUCUCAGAGUCUUAGCAUCAGGUGACAAUGAUGGUAUACCCUUCGUGUCCAAUAUCAAGAUUCGUGAAGAGCAACGAAUGACAACCUCAAAUCCCUGGAUGGUCCCUUCUGAAGAGGUUUGGCCCAAAGACCAUGCCUUCAUCUCCACCCCUUAUUUCAAUUACACCAACCAAGACUACCCUCGGUUUUUCAAAGAUAUCGACUUUGAGGACGGCUUGUACAUGUGGGAAGAUACCAAAAACCUCACGGCUGGCUUGCCCCCACCUGGAGUUGAGGUCUACUGCAUAUACGGGGUUGGACUCCCUACCCCUGUGUCGUAUGUGUACGACGAGCAGUUUCCAAACGCAGAUCCCAUAGAUAUUAUUUAUGAUGAUGGUGAUGACACCGUUGACAGUCGCAGCUUGAGUCUCUGUAAGCGAUGGAUAGGGAAACAGGAACAGACCGUGCAUGUAAAGGAGCUGAGGGGAAUUGUUCAUCUGGACAUGAUCUUUAAUCACAAGGUGCUCACACUCAUCCAGAGAAUUCUGGAAGGAAAAUUCCCAGUGGAUGAAAACAUCAGUACUGAUAACUUGAAUUAAAACUCCACCUCGUAGAUGUUUGUAUAUAGCAAUGCAGAACUGUACUGCUAUUACAUAAGUUUACAAAAGUUAAAACAUAAAUAUAAUUUUUUUCUUUGUUACAGUUUUGUAUUAUACAGAAUUCAUCAAAUUGUAUUUAUUCUGUACAUUAAAAAUGAUAGAUACUAUAGCUCUUAACGUAUAAAAUGUACUAGAUUUAUGUUUUGUAUAUGUAUUACAUAGCUAUGAUUUGUCUAAACAGAAAUAAGAAAAUUGUAUUCACAAUAUAACAAAAAGUAAAAUUUAGUAGUUCACAAUGUUGUUCACUUGUUAUGAUUUAGUAAAGGUUUACGAAAUGUUACCCAUAAUAGGGCUGCACACAUCUAUGGUAAUCUUACACUUGUCUAUAGACAGUACUAAGCAAAACUGUUCAGAUUUUUGUAAUCUUUUAACCAGUUAGGAGUUCAAAGUGUGCAGCAGUAUAUGGGCAAACAAAUUUUAAUAGAUUAAACUCAGUGCACACAAUAACAAAAAAAGGCAGGAG